AAAACUGAAAUGAACUUAAACGUUUAAAAAAUAAUUCUGAAAGAAAACAAUCAUUUAGAAAAUCUCAAGUGACGAAGGAAUGCUUAACCAUGGAUGCAUGCCAGUAAACAAGGUACAGUAUAACAUUAAACAAGCAUUCCAGAGAGCAUUACGAAGUGUGAUAACAUGGAUCUCAGUUCACUAACCAGCCUCACAUGCAAUGAUGCUGAUAUAGCAAAACAGUCAAAGAAAAAUGUGAAUUCUGAUGUCAUGCCCAUACUUGUUACUUCCUUCAUGUUCUUUUGGCCAUCACAGUCCGUGGUCUUUCCGUAGUUGCAGUCUGUGGGGGUGGAGCAAAUGUUUUAUUUUGAAGUGCAUAAAUUCUCAUCCUUGGGAUAUUCAAUCUGUAGCUUACCGAACAAGGAUACACAAUGGAGAUCCACACGUCCACUGCAUGUGUAGUAACAAUCUUGUGCAUUUUUGCCGCGUCCUCUGCAAAUGGAGUUUGCAACCAUGACAGAGGGAGCCACUGCAACGCAGGUUUCAGUGGACAGAUGGAAGGCAGCCAUCAUCUGUGUGGGAAUGUGUUUUACAAGAUCUCAGAAAGUUCCUGCUGUAAUGAUAAUAUCACUCUGGGAUUAAGCCAGCUGGUGGCUGACUGCUGUGGUUCUGUAGCUUACAAUCCCCUUAAUGAGAUUUGCUGUAAUGGCAGAAUUCUGACUCGAAGCAGCACACACCAGAAAUGCUGUGGCGAAAACAUGUACGUGACAACGACUCAUGUUUGUUGUGGUGGCAACAAUAUAUUACAACGGAAGGAAAAUCAUGCUUGUUGUGGCAAGGAAACGUUUGAUGUGACAACCCACUGCUGCUGUGCUAACCCUGAACUAGAAGUAAAGCCUAAAAAUGAAGCUUGCUGUCCAAAAGCAACAGUAAUAGAUGCACCAUUUGUAUUAGUAGAUCAUAAUCUGAAUCUGAUUCUCACAAAUUCCUAUCAAAAAACUGAACACCAGCAAGACUGUCCUUCUGCCUGCACAUUAUCAGAAACCUACAAUCCCCAUGAAAUUUGUUGCUCAGGGAAACUGCAUAAGAAGGCAUCAGCACUUACUAAGUGCUGUGGCGUAGAUGCUUACACUCUGUCAGAUGACAAUGUGCUGUGCUGUAAUGGAAUCCUUCAUAUCAAUGUUCCUGAGCACUCAGAGUGUGUUGGAGGUGUUAUAUAUUCUCCAGAAAACACUACUUGCCAAAUGUCGACACCGUCCUCGUCUUGGUGAACACUGCUGUGGAGGACAAACUUUCAAUCCUCACACACAUAUUUGCUGUAAUGGACACAGUUGACCAACACCAGCAGAUACCAUUGCUCCCCAGUCAUCACAGACUGUGAAACCUAACUCUGGACUUCAAGCAACUUGGGCUAUGAGCUUCUCCACCAUUCCUCCAGACCUUGGUUUCCAAAUCAAAUACAAAACUUGCUCUCAUUUGAAAAGAGGACUUUUGGACCACUGGGCAACAGUCCAGCUCUUCUUCUCAUUAGCCCAGAUAAGGAUUUAUAAUUACUCCAUAGUCUGACUGCACACUGUCAUAGAUGACUGCACACGUGUACAGAUGACGGACCAGGAUGACUGCUGUUCGGAAGAAGCCGCAGGAAGACACCG